AUGAUUUUAGAUCUUGCCCAAGAGAGCCUCAUGCAAGAAAUCAACACUCUAAAAGAGGCCUAUGCGACGACGAGUUCUAUUUCCAAACCUGGCCAGUUAGACGAUUUUGCCCUCGAAGAUUCGAAUUCCAUUUGGUCACCUGGCUUAGAAGCCUCGGAACCAGGUACUCUGUAUCAUAGUCCGCCUGUUGACGCUCGCCUAGAAGAAGGCAAUCAAGAGUUAAGGCCUUCGCAUGCAAUCAACUCAGAAAAUACAGUGCCGCCUUCUACUGUUGAUGGGCCUGCUGGUAAAUCAUCUGACAGCCAAUUAUCGCGGGCUUCCGUUCUUUAUCGGCGGCGGGUGUUUGAUCAGCUUUGCAGUCACCGUUCACAAUUAGCCCAAUUCUAUUUCAGAAAGGGGUAUAAGAAGGCCAUUUAA